GGGCGGAUCCGAAUGUCGGUGGGGAAGGCGGUUUUCAGGUGGCAGAUCCUAGACAGCAUGCAGGUGUCGCAUAUGUUGCAUCCCCAUCCCCGACUAUGCUGUCGUUCCACAGGGGAGCCGUCGAGGGAAUGCAAGGGCAGGCCAUGGGAGUUCCUUCGGGACCCGGGAAGUCGAUGUCGCGCAUGCAGUCCAUGAUUGCACGUCCGCGAUUGCCUUUGCGCCCUGCACCACAGUCGAUGCCAGUCGGGGCAGGACGCACUUUGAGCGAUCAGUCGGCGUCCAUGAUAGAUGUCGACAGCGAUGACAACGGUGAACUGCCGGCGGAUACAACCGGUUGGAUGGUUGGAGGAGUUGGCGAUGGUGAGGACACAUGGCACGAUGACACGGGUGGGUCCAGUCACGGGGCAGAUGAAGGAGACGACGACGACGGCACUUCCACCCAGCCGAGGGAGAUGAACGAUGAAGAUGGUGGUCGUCGUGUGGAGGAGGGGGGGGGUCAAGGGCGUCCAGGCGAGGAUGUGAAUGCGGCAAAGGGUAAUCAGCAGAAGCAUCGUGGUGGGCGGCCUCCGACCACCAACCCGAAACCGAAGGUGCCGUGGACGUUGGACGAGAGGAUCCAUCUCGCGAGGAUGAUGCAAGAGGACGACGCCCUCAUGGCGGACGCCAACGGCCAACACCGCAUGAUGCCGAUGAAGGAUUGGUACGCAUGGGUCACGAACAUGAUGACAACGGCGAAGCUCAUCCUCGACAAGCAACAAAAGAAGUCGGGGGAGCCAUCGUAUUUUGACAUAACAAUUGAGGAGCGGAGAGAGAGAAAACUGUCGCUGUCUUUCGAGAAGGCGUUGUGGGACACGAUGACGUGGAAACUUGAUCGACCAUCCAUCCAGUGCGACAACACCAUGGCAUCGGAGUCACUCCCGGGGAAACGACAGGAGCCAUCACCGACGGUUGGAUCCGACGCAACGGGGACGGAAAAGUCGGACAGCUCAAACAAGGCACGCCGAACAGGGACCGGCAAGGCGAGGGUGCAUGAAGGCGGAUCAGGCGGAUCGUCCUUGGGCAAAGUAAUGGAAGACUCAACGAGAUCGUAUUGUCAGGGCCUUGACAAUGCGGCGUCCGCCCUGGCGAGAGCGACAACAGGAGCAGGCACGGCAAUUGCAGCGAGAAUAGUGCGCGUGAACGAUGUCCAUGCGAUGGACAUCACGGCUGGAUUGGGGUUUGACAGCGAUGGCGCUUUGAGCCACGUCCUCCUGUUCGUGACGAAGAGGCAUGAGGUGGUGCCAAACAGAUGGGAAGGUCCCCACUGGGACGCGGUGGGGGACACCAUCAAGUUCCUUGUGUUCGCCAUCGCCGAAGAGUUUGAGAACAGCAUGGACAACACGCCUUGGUACGACACCAUUUUCGACCCCCCUCUGGAGGGCAGGGGGUACUUGCACGGCCUGGUGGACACAUGGUGGGAUCCAUCGGGCGAGACCGUGGCGAAACGAACCGUCGGUGGUGAUGUCGUCGGUGGUUGGGACGUGGGAGAUGAUGAUGAUGACGAGUUAUAUGACGACGGCGAUGAUGAUGAUGAUGACGAUACUUCGUCAUCACCAUCGUCAUCGCUGCCGUCAUCGAACUCGUCUUCACCAUCUUCGUCGACACAAUCAUCAUCGACGUCCCAACCAUCGCCGACAUCAUCACUGACGCUUCAUUCUCGUAUGAAGUCCAUGGACAACGUCCGUGCAGAGUAUGCAUCACAAUCGGGACAGUGACAUGCAAGUUCUCGCCAAUGUCAAUUGUUGUGACGGAGGUUGCUUUAAUGAG